AUGCCUGGAGAAGGCGCUGCAGCACCCCUGUUGCUUCCGCAGCAGUUUGUGGAGCCAUUGCCGAAUGCGCCGGUUGAGAUACGUGCAUUGCAUUAUGGCCUUCUUUCACGCAGCGACAUUCACCGCCUCUCCGUCCUUCCAUGCCGACGUGUCAUUGGGGCUGUGAAGGAGUAUGGCGUGAAUGACCCCCGCCUCGGCGUGUGUGAUCGUGUCUCCUUCUGCGCGACAUGUGGUCUGCGAAGCAUUGACUGCGUCGGUCACCCCGGCCACAUCGAUCUCGAGACCCCUGUCUUUCACCUCGGUUUCUUUACCACAAUUUUACGUAUCUGUCGUACGAUAUGCAAACGCUGUUCUCAUCUGCUUUUGGAUGACGCGGAGAUUGAGUACUACAAGCGGCGGCUUUCAUCCACAAAACUUGAACCGCUGCAGCGGGCAGCGCUCGUUAAAACAAUACAGAGAGAAGCCUACAAGACACGUGUCUGCCUCAAGUGUGGAGGCUUAAAUGGGGAUGUGCGACGAGUACGUCCUUUACGCCUUGUACACGAAAAGUAUCGUGUUGAACCACGCCGAGGGGAAGAGUCUGUUGAAGGCGUCGAAACUUUUUUUGACUAUGAGUUGCGCGCGGCAUGUGCAUACAACAAGGUGGUGGAGGAAAGCAAAGAGAAUGUCCAUGAAUUUCUCGAUCCGGCUCGGGUGCGUCAAAUGUUUCUAGCCGUGCCACCGGACGAGGUCUUACUCCUUGGCUUGCUACCCGGUACAAGUCCUGUGGAUCUGCUUGUGACAACGCUGCUCGUUCCUCCUGUCUCGGUGCGACCACGUGGCAGUUCUGGAACUGCAAAUAUCCGUGACGACGACCUCACAGGGCAGUACAACGACAUUCUUAUUAGUUCUGAUACGCUUCAGGAUGGCUCUAUCGAUGCCAGCAAAUACACAGAAACGUGGGAAAUGCUUCAAAUGCGUGCAGCUCGACUUAUUGAUUCCGCUCUACCGGGGUUCCCACCGCACAUGCGUACCGCGGACGUCAAGUCUUACGCACAACGCCUUAAAGGAAAACACGGAAGGUUUCGAGGAAAUCUCAGUGGGAAACGUGUGGACUUCUCUGGCCGUUCUGUCAUUUCACCCGAUCCUAACCUUGAUGUUGAUGAAUUGGCCGUGCCACUUCGAGUGGCACGGGUAUUGACGUAUCCGCAACGUGUUUUUAAAUCAAAUUUGGAACUCAUGCGUCGGCUUGUACGCAAUGGCCCGAAUGUGCAUCCAGGCGCCGUCGCAGUGUACCUUGCACAGGAAGGAUCAAAGAAAUCGCUUAACCAUGAACGUGACCGUGAGUCGCUUUCUGCAAGAUUGUCUAUUGGAGACGUUGUGGAGCGGCAUGUGAUGAAUGGCGACGUUGUGUUGUUUAAUCGGCAGCCUUCACUUCAUCGUAUCUCCAUGAUGGCCCACCGGGCGCGUGUGCUCCCAUUUCGUACAUUUCGAUUUAAUGAAUGCUGUUGCGCCCCAUAUAACGCAGAUUUUGAUGGAGAUGAGAUGAAUGUACACCUCGUGCAGACGGAGGAAGCACGUGCAGAGGCAUUUGAACUGAUGUUGACAGCGAAGAACAUUAUUAAUGCAAAAAAUGGUGAGCCUAUUAUUGCUUGCACACAAGAUUUUCUUGUUGCUGCCUAUCUUGUGACGUCCCGGGAUGUCUUCUUUGAUCGUUCGCAAAUGUCUUGGAUGGUGUCACAUUGGCUUGGACCAGUGACUCAAUUUCGGCUACCGAUACCGACGAUUUUGAAACCGACAGAGCUUUGGACUGGGAAGCAAGUCUUUGAACUCAUCCUGCGUCCCUCACCAGAGGUGAAUGUGCUGCUCAACCUCGAGGCCGCAACAAAGUUCUACACUAAAAAAGGCAGACACGACUGUGCAGCGGAGGGUUAUGUGGCGUUUCUUGACUCCCGCUUUAUCUCUGGUCGUCUUGACAAGAAACUUCUUGGAGGUGGUGCAAAAGACGGGCUUUUUGCGCGCCUGCAUACACUUUCGGGUGGUGGCUACACGGCCCGUAUUAUGUCUCGUAUCGCUCAAUUCACCUCACGCUACCUGACAAAUUAUGGGUUUAGUCUCGGUCUCGGUGAUGUCGCGCCAACACCACUUCUGAACGAGCAGAAGGCAGCCGUGCUUGCUCGCUCUUUUGCAACCUGCGAUAGCUUAAUUGAGUCCGCCAAAACCGGACGUAUGGAACCGCUUCCUGGUCUUACCGUACGGCAGUCGCUUGAGGCCCGCCUCAAUGCGGAACUCUCCAAGGUGCGUGAUGAAUGCGGUACGGCAGCUGUUGAGACACUUUCUGUCGACACAAACACCCCGCUCAUGAUGGUGCAAUCCGGCAGUAAAGGUAGUGCGCUGAACAUUGCGCAGAUGAUGGCAUGCGUGGGGCAGCAAACGGUGAGUGGGAAGCGUAUUUUGAAUGCUUUUCAAGAUCGUUCACUGCCGCAUUUUUACCGCUUUGAGGAGGCCCCAAGCGCACGCGGUUUUGUGGCAAAUUCCUUCUACUCUGGAUUGACACCCACCGAGUUUUUCUUCCAUACCAUGGCUGGCCGUGAGGGUCUUGUUGACACGGCGGUAAAAACGGCGGAGACCGGCUACAUUUACCGCCGUCUUAUGAAGGCGAUGGAGAACUUGAGUGUGCGGUAUGAUGGCACAGCCCGAAACACGAGAGGCGACGUGGUGCAAUUUAGGUUUGGCGAGGAUGGCCUUGACCCGCAGCUCAUGGAAGGCGUUGGUGGCACGCCUCUCAACCUGGAUCAGGAGUGGCUCAGCGCGCGGGCCGCAUACGCACGUUGGAUUGUGGAGCGGUGCAACACCCUCAACGACGCGAGCCGUAAUGAUAAUCAUACGGAUGGAAGUAGCAGGCGUGAUAGGAGGCGAAAUGAACGUGACGUGAAGAAAACCUUUGAUCCUGAUGAUGAUGAUGAAUUUAUUUCGCUUCUUCCCACUGAGGUGCCGGCAUUCGUCAUGGCCUGCUUGUCCGGUGACUCGGGUGCACUGGAGGUGUGUGAACGGUUGGAACGACUGGAUGAAGAGAAGAACGUCAACGUGCGAGAAAUGGACGGAAAGAGUAGCGACGAAGGCAUGCGGCAACAAGAGCGGACACGCCGUGCAGGGCUAAUUUCCCGCUUGGCAAGUGUGAGUAGCUCAAAGUUUAAGGAAGAUGUAGCAAACUUUUUUCAGAAGAAGGUGAAGGAGCAGAAACGGAUACGCGCUCUGCUGGAAAUUUCCUCUACCUCUCGAGAAGGAAAAAGCAGGAAGACGUUAUGCAAUAGUUUACAGACGGCGCAUGUGGAGGGGAAUCAUGCUGAGCUCCGAAUUCUUGAAAAGCUCCAAACGGAACUACUUCCACUCACAUAUGGCAUGAUAACCCGUUUCUUGGCACAAUGCGCAAGUAAGUACAUACUUAAGGCCUGCGAGCCUGGGACUCCUUGUGGUGCCAUUGCAGCACAGUCUGUCGGUGAACCAAGUACGCAAAUGACCUUGCGUACAUUCCAUUUUGCAGGUGUUGCCAGCAUGAGCAUAACACAAGGUGUGCCACGUCUUGUUGAAAUUAUUAAUGCGAACCGAAACAUUGCAACUCCUGUUGUCACGGCGCCUGUGCGGCGACAUCGACGGGGGAAGUCACUGUCGAUCAAGCAGGAGGUGGUGGGGGAGAGCUGUGAAGAGGAUUCACAGGAGGAGUUUGAAAAACGGGUCCGACGUGUAAAGUCACAGGUGGAACGAGUGCUGUUAAAGGAAGUAGCAUCGGAAAUUGUGGAGGUUUGUACAUCGACCGAAUUUUACCUUCGCGUGCACCUCAACAUGUCGCUUAUCGCCAAGCUUUGGUUGCCGAUUAAUGCCAUUACUGUACGCCAACGUAUUCUUGCGGCAGCAGCGCGACCAAUGUCACCAUUGCGUCUAUUGCGUGAGGAAUGCGUGGAAGUCGUAAGCCUCGAUACGUUGGCAGUGCGUCCGUACUUUUUGGAGGCACACCGUGUUCACUUUAAUCUGCGUCACGUGCUUGCACUGCUUCCAGAUGUUGUUGUGGGUGGCAUUGCCGGUAUUAACCGCGCGAUGAUUUCAUCCAACGGUGCGGAGGUGCUUGCGGAGGGCGCAGAACUUCGAGCCGUGAUGAAUCUCCCAGAAGUGGAGUCGACGCGUGUCGUCUGUAACCAUGUCGCUGUCGUGGAACGCGUUCUUGGUAUUGAGGCGGCACGUCAGGUAAUUGUGAAUGAGAUUCAGGGAAUUCUUAAAGCGUACAGCCUCAGUAUUGAUAUAAGGCAUAUUUAUCUUCUCGCCGACCUUAUGACACAACGUGGCGUUGUGCUCGGCAUCACACGCUAUGGCAUUCAGAAGAUGAACUUUAAUGUGCUAACAAUGGCCUCGUUUGAGCGCACCACAGACCAUCUCUACAACGCUGCGGCGACACAGCGAGUUGAUGAAAAUCUCAGCGUGUCGGAGAGCAUCAUCAUCGGCAAGCCAGUGCCUCUCGGAACGACCUCCUUCAGUCUUCUACUUGACUGCUGCGAGGCUGGUGCUAGAUCUUUGCAAUUUGCCGGGAGUCGCACAAGGCGUGGGACUGGCAGGAGCUUUCAUCACGUACGUCGUCCACGCACGCUUUUACUUGCAGCGGAAGACACGUUUCAUCUGGACCUUUUUUAA